AUGGCUUCUUUUGUCAGGAACACGUUGAUUGCAGGCCUUGCAGUCGGUACGGUUUGUAAUGCCGUUGCCGUCCACAGGAACACCUCCGGAGGUGAUAGUUGGCAUCGAUUUGUUCGAUCGCCGAGCAACCCGAUUGUGAAGCCCCAUAGUAUUCUGUCGGCCAACACGACUGGCGAUUUUACCAAUCCCAAUGGACUGCUUGGUGGGAAUGGCAACCCGACUGUGAUGACUCGCAAAGAGGGCGAUAUGUCUCCUUCGCUUAUUGUUGACUUUGGUCAGGAUGUAGUUGGCAUUGUUACCAUCUCGUUUGCCGGGUCGACCAACUCAACCGAAGGCUUCCCUGGUCUGAAACUGGCCUUCUCGGAGACCCAGCAAUAUUUGACCAACACUAGUGACUUUACUCGGUCCGACAAUCUCCCAGCUGGUUCGAAGAUUACCAAUGGAACUGAUCAGAUUGCUGUUGCAAAUGACCCAUACACCUGGAGAGAUUUAACUGGCUGCCAACACGGCACCAAGGUGUGCUCCGAUGGUCUUCACGGAUUCCGGUAUAUGAAGAUCUGGCUUGACGCUCUCGAGAGCGAUGCGCCUUACACGCAGUCCUACGGCUCCGUCUCGAUCUCAAACGUCGAGCUUGAAUGGUCCGCGUAUAUGGGAACCCCCGACACCUUCACCGGAUGGUUUGAGUGCUCCGAUGAGGAUCUUACUCAGUGGUGGUUCGAUGGUGUCUACACUACCGACAUGGUUACGGAUGUCUUCCUUGCCAACGAGACUGAUCCCCGGGACUCGGCUUCCCCCACCCUCCAGGGCAAACAGGUCAUUUUCGAUGGCGCCAAGCGCGAUCGUGACCCUUACGAUGGAGAUUUGGCUGUUUCGGCCCUGACCUCCUACCUUUCCCAUGACUUCCCGGAAGCUGCUCGCAAUGUCCUUGCUGAUUUAGCGGACCAUCAGCGCGCCGAUGGAUGGAUUCCUCCUGCCAGCAUUGAUAAUUACACGCUCGAUUUGUAUGACUACCCCAUGUGGUGGGUGGUGUCAACCGCCGAUCUGGUCAUGUACACCGGCGACACAGACUUUGCAACUCAAUACUACGACGUGAUGAAAAAGGUACUGGACGACUACUAUGGUCAGAACCUCACCUCCACCGGUGGCCUCCUUGACAAGGAAAACGGCUACGGAGACUACGCCUUCCUGCCCCGUUCCGGUCCUAUCACCUACUACAACGCGCUCUACGUGCAUGCCCUGAAAGCCGCUGCUCAUCUUGCCGACAUCCUUGGCAAUGGUGCCGACAGCAAGACUUGGAUCUCGCGCGCUUCCGAGGUUAGCGCUAAGCUGCUCGCCAGGAACUGGGAUCCUGCCGUUGGUGCAUUCUUUGACGGAGGGCCUUGCCCUAACGAGCCUGAAGGGACUAUUUGCGACGUCCACGCGCAGGAUGGUAAUGGAUUGUCUGUGCUUUCGGGAGCUGUCAAUUCCACCAUUGCUACCAGUUUGCUUGACUACUAUGGCAAGAAUACAUCGCGUCCCUAUGGAAACGCGUUCUACGACAACGACUCUCUCCAAGCAGGCUUCUCAGAACGCGUGUACGCGUUCAUUUCGUACUUUGAGCUAGCUGGCCGAUUUGCUACAGCGGGCGCUGCAGGUUCGGCCUUUGAAGAGAUCAAGCGUCUGUACGGUUGGAUGUCAACGCACGACCCCGAGAUUACCUUCUGGGAGGGCAUUGGGGCAGGUGGAUCCCCCUACGAGGAAGGGUUCACGUCCAUGGCACAUGGCUGGUCGACGGGUAUUGUGCCUUUGAUGAGCAAUUAUGUUCUCGGAAUUCAGCCCACCGGUCCUGGCUUCAAGACCUGGCAGAUCUGCCCUGUGGUUGAUGGCGGUGAUCUUACCUGGGCUAGAGGUCAGGUUGGUACCCCUCAGGGCCCGAUCAAGGUGUCUUGGCAGAAGCAGAGUGAUGGAAUUUUUGAAAUGCAAAUUGAUACUCCCGAGGAUACCACUGGCGUCAUCUGUGUUCCGACAAGUGGGUCUAAGAACGCUCAGCUCGUGGUGGACGGAAAGCAGGUCAAGGGCACAACGAACGCAUCUACCAUUGGGCCGAUCGCCACAUCUGGAGAGAACUUUAAGGUUCUCAGUGCCAAGGGAGGCUCGCAUACUAUCUCAGUCAGAGUUUGA